AUGAGUGAAUUGAGCUCCUACACUAAGCUUUUAUUACAGUUUCCUCCGAAGCUCAGCCCUCAAGACCUGGGGAAAGCUAUUGAACUGAUCAUAGACUCUCUGGCAAGCGACCCACAGCCAUCUGUCGAAGUUUAUGUGCCAAUCGCGAGUUUCUUGAGUAGUUUGCGGGCUACCGGGCUAGACCUGAAAGCGGAAUAUAUCUCGGAGGCGGCUAAGACUGUGCUGAAAUACUCAGACGUGGUGGAAUCGGCAGCAGAGCCCUCGUCCGACAUCAUCCUCGACAUUGUGGGCACGGGUGGGGACGGACAGAACACGUUCAAUGUUUCGACAUCAUCCGCCAUUGUCGCUUCGGGAAUCCCAGGCAUCAAGGUCUGCAAACACGGCGGAAAGUCCUCGACGUCAAACAGCGGCGCCGGCGACCUGAUUGGCGUGCUCGGCUGCGAUAGCUCGAAGGUGAACGCGCGCUCGGUGCCGCGGCUGUGGGCCGGCAACUCUUUCCUCUUCCUGCUCGCUCCGUACUUCCACGACGGCAUGCGCCAUGUGGCUCUGCUACGCAAACUGCUGAAGAUACCCACGAUUUUUAACGUUCUGGGCCCUUUGCUGCAUCCGGUGGACCAGGUUCAAAAGCGCGUGCUAGGAGUAUACUCUGAGGCCCUGGGGCCCGAGUACGCGCGCGCCGCUGCGCUUGUGUACCCUGACAGCGAGACUUUUGUCGUAUGGGGCCAUGUGGGGCUGGACGAGGUUUCCCCCACAGGCAAGACCACCGUCUGGCACACCAAGCCACAUUCCACGGAGAUCUUGUCUUUUGAGAUUGACCCCUCAUUUUUUGGUCUACAGGAGCACUCUCUCAAAGACUGUGCCUCCUUGGGGCCGCAGGAGAACGCCAAGAUCCUCAAGGCUAUCUUGGGCGGUCGCUACCACAAGGGCGAGAACGGUGUCUACGACUACAUCUUGUUAAACACAGCGGUCCUGUAUUGCCUCAGCACCGGCACGAAGAAUUGGAAAGAAGGUAUUCAGGCUGCAGAGGACUCUAUUCACUCCGGACGUGCCCUCCAGUCGCUCGAACAUUUCAUCGUUAGUACCAGUGCGCUGUAA